CUUCAAAGUAGAUAUUUUCACUGAAACCUAAAGAUCUCAGAUCUGUUUCUUUGUCUUCCUCUUUCAAAUUGUAACUGGAAUGGACUCUCUUCCUGAUGCCAUUGUUCAGUACAUUUUGUCACACUUGAACAAUGCUCGGGAUGUUGCAGUUUGUAAUUGCGUAUCCAAGAGGUGGAAGGAGUCGUUGCCUUACCUUAGAAGUCUCUACUUUCCUCGCAAUUCCUUCGAUAGCCACUCUGGCAGUGAUAGCCCGGACACUAUUGUCUGGAAAGUGCUUUCGACAAUUGCUUGUUUAGAGGAGCUUGUUGUUUACAGUCCAUUCACCAGUGCAGGCCUUUCUUCGUGGCUAUUGCUGGUGCGUUCAUCACUCAAGCAUCUUGAGCUCAGAAUGGAUAAUAUUACUGAUUAUCAGGAAUGUCUUGAUAGCCCUUCCAAAUUGGACUGCAUUAAUGCAGCGAAGAAUUUGGAGUCUUUGAAGCUUUGGGGUGUUCUAAUGGCUAAUCCACCCAAGUGGGAUGUUUUUAAAAACCUUCAAAGCCUGGAAAUCGUUGGAGCAAGAUUGGAGGAUCCUGCAUUGUCUGCUGCGCUUAGUGCAUGCCCUAAUUUGACUAACUUAGUAUUGCUUGGUUGUGAAGGGGUUAGAUCAGUUUCAAUUGAGUUGCCGUACUUAGAGCAGUGUAAGCUGGACUUUUAUGGCUUGGGAAAUUGUUCCCUUUAUCUCACUUGUCCGAAAAUUGAACUCCUUGAGGUGCAAGGUUGUAGUUGGAUUCGAGUUCGUGAGACUACAUGCUUGAGGAACCUUUCAAUUGCCAACAAUGCGGGUAGAGUAUACAUGGUAGACUUUGGGAAGCUUUCAGCACUUGAAUUCUUGUCCAUGAGGGGGGUGCAAUGGUGUUGGGAUGCAAUAAGCAAAAUGCUAGAAUGGUCUAGUGAGGUGAAACAUCUCUACAUGAAGGUUGAAUUCACGGGAGAUUUGGAGUCCCUUUUACCCUUUCCAGAAGUUGACUUUGUUGAAUUUUUUAAUAGCCAUUCCAAGCUGCAAAAGUUUGAUAUUCAUGGAGCCAUGUUUGCUGCUCUCUGCCAGAAAAACAGCCUGAAAAAUGUAGAACCAGGCUUUUCGAUUCCAUGCCUAGAGGAAGUUGUGGUCCAAGUGAGAUCACCACUAAACGCUGAACAGAAAAUUAGCACUCUGGAGUCCCUUCUGAAGUAUGGGAAAAACUUGAAGACAAUGGUAAUAAGGAUUCUUCAAAUGAAAAGCAGCCAUAGCAGCACAGAUGAUUUCUUUGAUGAGAUAUGCAGGCUUAGGUUUAUGAACCGCAAAAUAGUUCGAAUAGAAUAAAGUUGACUACUUGCACUUUCUAAU